ACAGGAGCGGGACUCCUUUCUUUGGAGAUAUUUUUUUUUUCGGGAUAGGCCUCACAAGUGCCUGUCUUUCGUCAAUGGCCAUUGUUUAACGGAUUGUGUCUAUUCGCGCCAUUGGCUUUUCCUCCGGAAUUGCUCUUUCGUUCCGAAUCUCUGCGGUCUUUUCCCCGAUACCUCCAGGAUAGAAAUCGCAUAGCAACAUCACAUCAUGGAUCCACCGCCAACUAUCAUUCAUGAUGACCUCUCCGUCGGAGAUGUGUUUACCCCUCAGAUCGACGACUCCCCGCCUUGCACCGAGACUAGUCUGAACAACCAGUCUACUGGGUUUCGCAUGGGAGAUGCCAGUCCUGAGCGCAAGCAGUUUGUGGCCGGUAAAACGCCUACUCAAGACAGUCUUUUCCCAGCCCCGCUGUCUGAAAAAGCAGACCGACGCAAGAAAAAGAAGAGGCAUCAACAGGAAGUUGCGCCUGCGCUGACAACGGUGCGCGGAUUCACGCCCAUGGGCUCUGGUGAUGAAGACUCGGAUUUCUCGACCACUAGUUCCAAAGCGCCCAAACCGCGGCCACUUGCUACUGAGGCCAGUCCCAAAGUCCUGCCGUCCACGGGUGGUGUCAGCGCCUUGAAGUUGCAGCUUGAUUCAUUGAGCUUGACGAGCAGCCGCGCCUCACAGGGCGCCCCAAGCGACGUCUGCUCUGCAACUCCGAGCAAUGCGAGUGUUUGCUCAGACAGUGACCAGACUGAGGUGUUGACCAGUUACGAGGUCCCUCUCGAUCAUGACUACGUUAGUGCCGAUGCAGCGGCGGAAGAGAAAGAACAGAACACUUCGAGCGUGACGGACAUGCGCACUCAACUCUGCCGAAAAAUGACCGCCGAUGACUUUGAGCCGCUGCUUUGCCUCGGCAAAGGCUCCUUUGGAACAGUGUUGCUGGUGCGUCAUGUCCUCACGGGCAAGUUGUAUGCCCAGAAGCAGUUCCAGAAAGCUUCUAUCACUGUGCACAAGAAGUUGGUGGAGCAAACCAAGACGGAGCGUACUAUCCUCGAGAGUGUGAACCGCCAUCCAUUUGUGGUCAAGUUUUUCUACGCUUUCCAGGAUCACGAGAAACUGUACCUUAUCCUGGAAUACGCCCAGGGCGGCGAAUUGUUCACGCACUUGGCUAUGGAGCGCAUGUUUGAUGAGGAUGUGGUGGCAUUUUAUAUGGCGGAGAUGGUCCUCGCACUUGAGCAUUUGCACCAGAACGUGGGUGUGAUCUACCGUGAUCUCAAGCCGGAGAAUUGCCUCUUGGACCAGGAGGGCCAUCUCCUGCUGACCGAUUUUGGUCUCAGUAAGAUCUCCGCCAAUGACGAUGACCGCUGCAACUCGUCUCUAGGCACUAUCGAGUAUAUGGCACCAGAGGUCAUCCAGGGCAAGCCAUACGGCAAGGCUUGCGACUGGUGGUCCUUGGGGGCUCUCGCAUAUGAUCUCCUCACGGGCUCCCCGCCGUUCAAAGCCAACAACAACGCGAAGCUCCAGGAGAAGAUCCUCAAACAGAAGCUGUCUCUGCCUUAUUUCCUGGGGCCCGAUGCUAAGGAUCUCUUGACACGUCUCCUUCGCAAAGAACCUUCCAAGCGGCUGGGAUACCACAUGCCCAAGGACCUGCAGACCAUCAAGAAGCACCGGUUCUUCCGCAAGAUCGACUGGAAGGCUCUGGAACGUCGCGAGCUCACGCCCCCUAUCAGCCCGGUCGUCACUGAUCCUGCUCUUGCUGAGAACUUCUCUGAUGACUUCACGCACCUGCCCUUGAGUCCAAUGGUAACCUCAAACGGACUCGAGCAUUACAUGAACUCCGGAGCAAAUGGCUCGCAUGGAAUGUCCACCGGACAGAAUGGAGUGGGAGGUGAAUCCAACCCCUUCGGAGGAUUCAGCUUCGUCGCCCCAAGUAGUCUACUCGACAACGGCCUCGGAGCCAUGGCGACAGGAUAUUAAGAAUAGAGUGGGAGGAAGUGUACAGGGUGUUUCGUCUGUCUUUGUUUAGGUUACCGUUGGAUUAGAACCGGCUUUGCCAUUUACAUAUACGAAUAUUUCUGCCCGCAGAAGGCCAGUCUCGAAGGCCAAUCAAGGCAAGGAGCAUAUACUGUCAAUAUCAACAACCUUGCACAGGGAGAUUUUGCUAUUAUAGUGGACUGUAAUUUGUUUGAAUCAGAAUGAAUAUAUACCAUUCAAUUUCCCUAUCCCUCUUAACAUAGUAAGAAAAGAGAAAAAGUUGAAAAAAGUUUAACCCAGCUUUC